UGUUUGUGUUAUCCUGUAUCCUUUCCAAUUUGCUACGAGUAUAUGUUGCGUCUCUUUUAAAGUCCCAUUUGUUUUUGUUUAAGCCAUAUCACUCUCAGUUUAAUGAAAACCGUUCCUGGUUCCAAUCACAUCCCGUCUCUAUAGUAAAACCGAGGAAUCUCAUUUUUAAGUUGAUUUUAUAAUUAUCAGCUAGUUAUAGACUAUUUGGUUCAAGCUUCAGAUAGAGGAAAAGAUGCUGGCAAUCUUUCACAAGGCAUUUGCUCAUCCACCAGAUGAGCUUAAUAGCCCUGCAUCUCACCAUGGUAGCAAGAAGCCAAAGAUGCCAGAGGAGACCCUCAAAGAGUUUCUCGCUUCUAACCCCAGUGAUGCUUUUUCUUUGAGCUUUGGAGAUGCUGCUGUGCUUUCUUAUGUUCGACAAGACCAACCUUCCCUCCUACACAAGAACCAAAGGUUGUUCUGUGGGCAUGAUGAGAUAUACUGCCUCUUCAUGGGAAGCUUGAACAAUUUGUGUGCUCAAAUCAAGCAGUAUGGGCUAUCAAAAGGCAGCAACGAGGCCAUGCUUGUGAUCGAAGCCUAUAGGACUCUGAGGGACCGUGGUCCGUACCCAGCUGACCAGGUUAUUAAGGAUCUUGACGGUAGCUUUGCCUUCGUUGUGUACGAUAGCAAGCGAGGAACUGUGUUUGCAGCGCUGGGUUCUGAUGGUGGAGUGAAGCUGUACUGGGGCAUUGCUGCAGAUGGUUCUGUGGUGAUUUCAGAUGAUAUAGCUGUCAUAAAAGCAGGCUGUGCCAAGUCAUAUGCUCCCUUCCCAAAAGGGUGCAUGUUUCACAGUGAGGGAGGGCUGAUGAGCUUUGAGCAUCCGAUGAACAAAAUGAGGGCUAUGCCAAGGGUAGACAGUGAAGGGGCGAUGUGCGGAGCUAAUUUUAAGGUGGAUCUUUACUCCAGGGUUAACAGCAUUCCUCGUGUUGGGAGUGAAACUAAUUGGGUUGAUUGGAAUACGGAACAGAUCUAAUAUAUAUAGCUUAUGGAUGUGUUACGAAACACAUGAAAGAUCUUGUUUGUUUGAUGUUUUUCUAAUCUUGUAUUUUGUCAGUCUUCAGUCAGCUUUGUGAGUGUUUUUCCUGGUGGAUAAUUGUAAAUUGAGUGGAGUCUGCUUGCAAUCGAUGAUGCAUGAAUAACGUCCACUCUUCAACCAAGAAAACCUGAGCAUCUUGAUAUCUCUA